AGGAAGGUAAGAUGAAGAGAAAAGGAAAAGGAAAAUAUUAUAAAUUCUUAAACAGCCUGCGUUUAGCCGACAUGCGAUGAUAGUUCACUGCCUUGAGACAAUGGAUACGUGUUCUAGAGUCUCCUGCUUGUUAAUCCUAUCAUUCUGUUGCUUGUUCCAUUGUUCUUUAGCUGCCAACCUUGCAGAAAACCGUCUCCCAUCUGCAGUGGUGGUGGGAACUGUUUACUGCGACACCUGUUUUCAAAAGGAGUUCUCGAAGCCAAGCCACUUCAUAGCAGGUGCUUCGGUGGCAGUUGAAUGCGGGAAUGCGGCGACCAAGCCCAGCUUCCGCAAGGAGGUGAAGACCAACGGGCGCGGGGUGUUUAGAGUUCGUUUGCCGCUUGAGAUCAGCGAGGACGUAAAACUGAUCGAGUCUUGCUCGGUGGAGCUAAUUAGAAGCAACCUGCCAUUCUGUUCGGUAGCUUCCUCUGCCAUUUCCGCCGGCCUCCGUCUCAAGUCUAUAAGGAACGGGGUCCAUGUCUUCUCAGCUGGGUUCUUCACCUUCCGGCCUUCGAAGCAACCGGAGCUCUGCGAUCAGAAGACAAUUGUUGGAGAUCAGAAGCUCGGUCACGAAGCAUUAAUCUUCUUUCCACCUUUUCCGCUGCCACCCAACCCAUUUCUUCCAUUGCCGCCUUUUGGUGGUGGACUUCCGCUGCCACCCAACCCAUUUCUGCCACCACUUGUGCCACAGCCACCACCAUCGCUUCCACCACCAGCUGUGCCGCAGCCACCACCAUCGCUUCCACCACCAGCUGUGCCGCAGCCACCACCACUUGUGCCACAGCCACCAUUAUCGCUUCCACCACCAGCUGUGCCGCAGCCACCACCAUCGCUUCCACCACCAGCUGUGCCAUCAAAGGAGACCUCCCCAUGAAUGAGACUGUAUCCUUAUCCGAAGUUGUGCUGGGUUAAUGACACUAUAUCAUCUGCUGAAGUUGUUAUGUAGCUGUUGAGUUUUCUACGUACAGGCAUUUGCUUUUUAGAUGAGCACAAGUGAUAACGUAAAUGUGAGUUUGCUAUUCGAAUAGCAAAUGGACUGGCUUAAAGAAAUUAAAAUUCUGGUUCCUAAGAAUGUUUUUACAAUUGUAAUGAAAACCCUGAAGAAUGUUG